AUUUAUUAAUGCCUUAUCUAUUUAGCGAUAACGCUUAUCUUAAAAUGAGCAUGAAUAAAUGGGAAAGUGAUUUUUUAUUAACAAUUAAAGCUCAAAGAAUGAUAUUUAAAUAUUAUUCAUUAUCUAUACUUAGUGUAUCAUGUCUUUUCAUACCAUUUACUAUAAUUUUUUCACAAAAAUUUAAAUUUCUAAGUUAUUUUUAUCUUUUGAUAAAAAAGUGGGGAAAUAUCUUAGAAGCAUACUCAGAUUUAUCAAAUAAUAGUUUAAAAGAAGGAUCUAAUAUAUACUAUUAUUUAAAAAUGGGACCUUUUUCUAAUUAUCUUGAUAUAAUUCAAAAAACUUUUAAAACAGAAUCUAAAUUAUGUAUGAUUGAACAGAAAACUAAAAAUCAGAAAACAAAGAUUCUUACAAGGAAUACAGAUUUUCAAUACUUAGAAAGUAACAAUUUCUUGUCUAGAUAUUUUUCUUGUUUUAUUAAAAAAGGUCAUCUUAUACAACACUCAAAUAUCAAGGAAUCAAAUCUAUAUCCUUUUUAUCAAACUAAUUCUUUAAUUCACAAACUUUUCGAAUCAUAUGCUUUUAAAAGAGAUGAAUUAAUUCCUAGAAUAAGAUUUGAUAGCAUUUUAAAAUUAAAAAUACAUGAUACUUUUAAAAAUUCAAGGCAAAUUGAUUUAUUCAACAAGGAAAUAGGGGAACUUAAUAAAAUUCAAGGCUUUUCUCAAGACAGGAAAAAAGAUUCUCAAGAAGAUUGUUCUAAAAUUGAAUUUUUUUCCAAAAAUAAUCAAAAAAGAUUCAUAGAAACAUUAGAAUCAAUUUUAACAGAUCAAUUAGCUUCUAAAUUUUUCUAUAAAAAGAUCAAUUCCAGUAUUUCAGAUUCUAAAUCAGAUGUUUUUAGGUUUCAAUUUAUAUCUUAUUUAUCUGAGGAUUUGAUCUAUAUAUCACCUAUAAUCCUUGAAUAUGAUUCUAUUCAAGAACUUGAUACUGGUUCUGAUUAUAAACAAAAAUUAUAUAUAUCAUUAUGUUCAGAAAAGAAGAAUAACUAUUGGCCUUUGUCUGAUAUUCAAAAUUGUUUUUUGAAAAAUACAACACGUUUAUUAUGUGAUUCUUCAUCUCAUACUAAAAAAACAUCUUUUAAGGGCAAAACAUUUGAAAAACAUAACACAUUAAAGGAAAACAUGUCGCCUAAUUCUAUACAGAAUAAUAUAGAAUCUUCAAAAAGAAAAAAUUACAAAAAAAUAUCUGAUAUUUCAAAUUCACACCAAAAUUAUCCAAUUCAUUUUAUUCACUUAAAUCAUGAAAUAGAUACAUUCUUUUCAGACAAAUAUCAUGAUCAUAAUCAUAAUCAUGAUCUUUUAAUACACAAAAAUAUUUCUUCAGAAACUGACAAACUUUCUGGUUCAAAAUUAAACUUAAUAAAAUCAAAUAACACUGAUUUAUCUUCAAAUCAAAUAAAAUAUCCUACAUACAACACUAUUCAUACAGAUAAUAACACUAAUUAUUCAAAAAUAACAAUUUCAUUAAAUUCACCUAUACCUUCACCAAUUUCAAAAUAUAAAAACUUCAAAAAUAGGAAAUCAUCUACACUAAAAAUAAAUGAUAUUUACAGCGACUCUUUAUGUUUAUUAAAGGAAGUAUACUAUGAUAAUAGGCGUCGUGGAAUUCCACCUACUCCUCCACCUACACGAAAAAGAUGGGAACUUGUUAACAAUUAAUUCAUUAGAUUUUAUAUAACUGGUUUUUCUACUAAUAUUUACUUAA